UGUACAAUCAGAAUUAACUUGCAGCAAAUGGACAUGGUUUCAAAGCUUCAGCACUUGGGAGUUCGGACAGCAACCUUGAAGACAGCUGAGCCGGUUUUUUGUGCUUUCCUUUAAAAUGCACUACUUUUCAAGUGACCAGUUUAUGAAACUACUACGUAUUCUCAGUAUAUGAGCCUUAUCGAAUGCAUCUUGUGAAAACGGAGUUGGAAAAUUACGUGAAAUCUAAACUGACAAAUAACUGCAGUGGGGGGACGCUGGGCAUUCAGGGGAGGCGAUAGUAAGUCAAGACUAAACGACAUGCUCAGCCUUAGAAUCCAGAGUUACUGUAGUACCCUGUGGAAAUCUCAAGUGUCUGAUGACAGAGGGAAGGAACAACUUCAUGCGUUAGGGAAAUAACCACAACCUACGCAUCGUCAAGCAGCAAAAUAUUAAUGUAAGGAUGCAGAGGAACUUUUCCCACCUGAUGCCAAUGGAGCUGCAUGCAUCACCGAACUCCUCCAACAGUUCUAACCCCACUCCAGUGGGCAAAUGGGAGGCGCCGACCUUCACACGGGCAGCCCUGUUCCGGGUGGGAGCCACGCUGGUGCUCUUUCUGUUUGCCGCCGUCAGUAACUUGGCCGUGCUGAUCAGCGUGGUCCAGGGCCGCGGCCGGAGACUGGCAGCUCACCUGCGACCGCUCAUCAUGAGCCUGGCGGUGGCCGACUUGAUGAUGACUUUCAUCGUCAUGCCCCUGGAUAUGGUGUGGAACAUCACGGUGCAGUGGUACGCCGGGGACGCCAUGUGCAAGCUGCUCUGCUUCCUCAAGCUCUUCGCCAUGCACUCGUCCGCCUUCAUCCUGGUGGUCAUCAGCCUGGACCGUCACCAUGCCAUCCUGCACCCGCUUGACUCUGUUGAUGCUAAACGCAGGAACAAGAAAAUGCUGAUGCUGGCCUGGGCUCUCAGCCUGCUGCUGGCAUCCCCACAGCUCUUUAUCUUCAGGGCAAUCAAGGCUGAGGGUGUAGACUUCACUCAGUGCAUCACCCAUGGUAGCUUCCGGCAACGCUGGCACGAGACCGUCUACAACAUGUUUCAUUUCGUCACGCUCUACGUCAUCCCCCUGCUGGUCAUGACCUGCUGCUACAUCCGAAUCCUGGUUGAGAUCAACAGACAGAUCCACAAGCGCAAAGAUAGAGAUUUGCAUUUAAGAUGUAGUGGAACAGAUAUGAUCCCCAAAGCACGCAUGAAGACCCUGAAGAUGACCAUCAUCAUUGUUUUAUCUUUUGUGGUGUGCUGGACGCCCUACUAUCUUCUGGGAAUUUGGUACUGGUUCCAGCCGCAGAUGCUGCAAGUGACGCCUGAGUAUGUCCACCACAUCCUCUUUGUGUUUGGCAACCUCAACACAUGCUGUGAUCCCGUCAUCUACGGAUUCUAUACCCCGUCCUUCCGUGCUGACCUUGCUGGCUGCUGGUGUUGCCGUUCCCGCGACUCCUCCCCCAGGUCCUUGGACCGCCUUUCUGGUCGGCCAAGGCACUACAGUGUUGGGCCGGACUCUGAUGCCCCCAGUGGGGACCAGCAGAGAGGCACAGAAGGAUAGAGACCCAGAUAUUAUCUCAGCAUCCCUACUAAAACCAUGACAUAGGCUUCUAUGUGGAGCCCUACAGUAUUUUCCAAACUCCCCACUUGCAGUUUAGUAACCAAAAAAAAAACCAAACUCUUUAUCAGGGGUGAUUCUAGGAUUUUUAAGCUGAGGAGCAUAAGAGGAAUCAUAAUUCAUACAGAGGGACCAACAUUAUUAUUAGCCAAUCAUAUGUUUUGCAUCAGUGAUUGACAGGGGAGGGGGUACUCUGGGGGGCAAUCAGCAUUCAAAUAGAGCUAGUGCCCUUGUGGCCCUACCCUUGUAUAGAGCUAGGGCGCUUGCAUUGCAUUGUGGGAUUGAUCUGCCAUGCUGGUUGGGUACCUCUUGUUGUCCAGGUAGUGGUGCAUUGGUUAUGUCUGUAGCUCUAUUCGGAUUUAUUCGCUAAAAAUGUGAAACUAUGCGACAUUGUAGUGUAGUCAGUUGCAAAAGCCGAUCAUACGACAUGUUAUUAUAUAACAUAAACUGAUAUGUCGAAUAAAUAAUAUCCAAGUUGUAAGAGGGCUGCAAUAUUCUGAGGCAAAUACAUUACUUUGCAUACUUCAGCUUUCUAAAAAAUAUAAAAAAUGCAUGACUGACCACUACUUAAAUACUUCUAAAAUAUCCUAUCUAUCUACAUACAGUGGAAACCAUUUAUAGUGAUCACGUCUGUCUGGGUGAAAUUGAUCACUAUAUGUGGAUGAUCGUCAUAACCGAUUUUUUUCUUCUUCUUUAUGCCUUUAAAAUAUCAGUAGCAUCACCUACCAUAGAUAGCCCUUGGAGUCUAUUUUAUUGAUAUAAACAAAUCAUCAGUGUCACGAUCAGAACAUGGUAACGCAUGCAGUGUCGAUCCAAAAUUCAUUUAUAACUGCCCCAGACCUUACCCCCGCCUGGGCAGCUCGUAGGGGUGGAGGUGGUUUAUGACAGAUAUAUUUUCCUCAUACUGACUCCUCGCUUUGUUGGUAAGCUUUCCUCUGUAUGGCCAUUCUGUGAGCGCGUUCUGCCAGCGUACUUUCUAUGAAUAUUAAUUAUCACUAACAAAAAAAGAAAAGAAAUGACAACUACGGGAUUACUGGUACAUGGGUCGCUGUGUGGAAAUAAUUGAAAAAGUGUCCCACCUGAAUGGCAGAUGUACUCGUGAUGACGUCACGUGCCUAAUCCUAUAUUAUAUAUCGUUGUUCUUAAUGUUCUCUGAAUUCUCUGAAAUGACGACUUCUUGUUUCUUGUGUGAUUCUGUCACUGGUCUGGCCCUUACUUUUUGAAAUAUACUACAGAUAAAUCAAUCAUUUUUUUAAAUGUUCAUUUCUAACAGUUGUCUGUGAAAAGAUCCCCGUAAAAAUAAAUUCUUGUGAAAUUACACUUUGGUGAAAGUAUACCAGCAUGGAACUUGGCAUAUAUAAAAGAUGUUCAGUAUUGAGUAUUUCAGUAACCCAAGUGUGUUGAUCUGAUUAGAAAAAUCCAAAAACUCAAGUGUGUCAAAUAUCAAGUAAGCAUUUGCUUAUUUUAGCAAUAAAAUGCAUGCUGUGUGUAUAUAAACUGUACAGUUCCUUAUGUGAAUGUACUGUUUUCAGAAAAUAAGCUGCAGGUCUCAGAUUCAUUGACAUAGUCAUACUGUAGACUCACAAUGGAUUUUUUUCAGCACAAUGAAGUAAGAUGUCUAGUUUGUCAACAAAUAGCUGUGUGAUCUUAUCUAAAUGCAAGAAGACAGCCUACAUUGUUGUCUUGAUUUGAUUAUCAGUGUGUGGUGUUUCUGGUACGGGCUGAAAACCCCAUGCAUCCUUUCCUGGAGGACAGGUUGGCCUUCUGACUGUACUGAAUGGUAAAAUUCCGUACAGUGUCUGCUGCAAGUUCACUGUAUUCAGUGUGAUGUUUGUGGCUCGCGUUCUUAUGUUAUGAAUUGCACUAUAAUUACACUGAGACCAACUUCUUUGUUUUCCUGUGGAGAUGCGUGUAAGAGCAUGGCGUGAAGAAGGAAAGUUCUGGAUGAGUGUAAUUAAUUUAGUUCAUUUGGUCUCAACAAAAUCUCCUGAGGGCAUCGAUGAGAUGCCACUUAGUACUUUCCUCUGUCACACUGCCCUCAUUGACUUUCAGCCACUUCCUUUGACUAAGCAGCACGUCUAAUGCUCUCAGUUACACCGUCUGUUACUUUUAUUGACCGCUUGAUUGAUUCAAUGUGAACAGUAAACGCUAAUUUGAAAAACAGUAGUUCCGGCACCAUCUUUAACGUACCGUGUUAUAACACUGCAUCACAUAUCACUUCUUUUAUGUUUUUCUAACACAUUGUUAUAUUUCGUCAUAAGAGGAAUGUGAUGUAGUAGGUACCCAGUGAGAUUUGCUUGUCUGUAAAAACAUUGCAAGUGUAAAUGGUAAUGGGAGGUACUACGUGCUUUCCAUCAGAGGAACAAUCCUUACAAAGGGAAGAUUAGGGAGGUAAGCGAUGGAAUUGUUUGUGUGAAUAGCUAAGAAUCCUGUCGACACUGAACGCAAUGAGAAAAGUCGUUCUGAAAUGCUCAUGUGAGUAUUGAUAAGGGGCUAGAAGGGAAAUGGGAUCUUUUUGGGGUAACGCUGUCCACUUCAGGAGAAACACAGUUGGUGGGAAUGGAACAAACAGCGAACACUUAUUUUAAAAGAGAACCACCUAUUUGGCCCAGCAGGGAAAACCAAAUGGAGUGGGUAGGGAACAUCUUUGCUAAUGUUUCUUAGUGAAUUUUUGGCCAAAGAAAAGAGCAAGCUAUACAAAGUAUAUAUGUGUUUUGUUUCUUAUGUGAAGUUGCUUGUACUCUGUGACUAUUGCCUUCAGUUAAAGUAACUGGGAGAAUGUUAUUCUUGGUAAAUAUCCCAGGUGCCGUAGCAAUUCACAGCUACUAUAUCUGACAUAGAUUAUAUGGUCAUAUAGUUUUUGGCAUGAAAA